AGAGGAAAACUCCACCCACUCGGCCUCCUCACCAAUUCUAUCCGGAUCGCCCGCCGGCGGACUGCCAACGAACAGUCCACUGUUGUCACGCUUUGACCAAGAGGAUAGAAAGUACGGAUUUCCAAGCCGUUAUUACGUGUUUAUUUAUUUUUCUUAGAAUUUUCUGAAUCAAAGCCGCUUUAAUUAGACACUGAAUCUAUGUAUUUAUUACUAUUAUCAAUUUCUUCCUGGGCGCAAACCUUCUGAAUAGCUGAAGACAUGUCGGUGAAAACACAUGGACUCGGAGUCUUCUUAGAGCUGAGAAAAAGGCUUCAAAGUGGACUGCUCGUUGUUGGGACAAAUGUGGCCGGAGGUCCUGCAGACGUGGCCGUCUCCGCCGGAGGAGAUUCCUCUCUGCUCGUCCGGACUCCCAGAGGAGAGCUGAGUCUCGCUCUCCCAGCAGGGGUCGCCUUCGAGACAGGGUCCUGCAUUCACACACCUGUGGGUGAACCCGGCGGAGAGGAGCUGCACUUCAGGCUGCGAAUCACGACAGAGCGGAGCAAGCGAGAGGGACCUGCCAGUAUGAUGGAGACUCUCAAAGCGAAAGAGACGUACAGCUUCCACUGCCAGGGCUGCACCACCCGGCUGCUGGAGGACAGAGUAUUCUCACGAGUUCUCCCUCUCCCCAACGGCAACUGGAACGCCAUUGUGGACGACUGGUGUUGCCACCCGGAUCCGUUCGCCAACAAGAAGCUGCUGCCCCGAGCUGAGGACUGUCUGCUGGGGGACACCUUCGUCCUGGUGGCCCGUGACGCCGGCUGCGACCACACUCUGACACAGGAAGUGAGCUCUGCCGGCGCUGCCGACGGUCAAGAUCCAAAGAAACCCUGUCACCGUUUGGCCCUUGUCUCCUGCGCGAGCUGUUCGUCGGUGCUGGGAGAGGCUGUCGCACCAGGGACGCUGAAGCUGUACAUCACCCAGGUGGUGGUGCAGCCCGCUGUGGGAGAUGGAAGGCCUGACGCUUCACUGAACAGAUCUUCCUUCCUAGAGAAGACAGUUGCUGCCCGGCUGCUGGAUCUGUCCAGCUCACUCAGCUCCUUCCACUUUUCUCUUCAGACGCCUGAUGGGAAAGUCGUCUUACUGCUCUGGCUGCUGAACGCAGACUCCAUCAUCGCCUCGGUCCCAGAGACAUGCAUCAGGGAGGGGGGCUCCAGCGGCCCCCCCGCUUCCCUCAGUCCAUCACUCAGAGCUGCCAGAGCCCUGAAGCUCCUCUACAUCAGCUGCUCCGGCGCCAGCACCCAGCAGAGAGAGAUUGUUACUAGUUGGGAGGUCAACUCCAUCGGACACCCCAUGGUCCUGCCACUGCAGGUGUGUGAGGAGCUGCUGCAGGUGAUGGAUGAAAGCAACUCCACGCUUCCUGCCUCCAUGCGCUGCAUGAGGUCCUAUGAGGUGGCGUACCUGAGACUAUGAGAUCUGAGGGCACACCUAGAGACUGGCAACUCUACUGAGUGUUUUUGAAGAGAAGACGAUGCCCUGCUGCAGCUGACAAAGGAACUUCUGAGCUUCAGUGUGUCUUCUUUUUUUUCUGUAGGGAUUCAGCUCAGUGUGGAAUGCAGAAGUAUGAGAUAUCCUGAGCAUGGUGUGGUUUUCAUGUUGAGACAUGAUGCUUCCAAGACUAACAUCCUGGCAGUAGUAAAACUUGAAAGACUUGAGUUUUCUGAGAAUUCAUCACUUCACUGUAGUUAAUAUUUUUUUAACGUGUAUGUACAAGUUCUUUUUUACCAUUAUAAUAAACAUAGUCUGUUUUUUUUAAACAAAAAAAGUUGUUUUUGAUUUGCUAGAAAGGAA